GUUAAUUUCUUUGCGAAAAUACAGAGAAAGCAUACUAGGCUUCUGAAAUCUUACAGUAAUUUUUUCAGAUAUUACUCUAAAGGAUGAACCAUUUCCUCCAGUUUAAUAUUUUAAGCCAGCAUUGCUUCAGCUUGCUUUGCGAGGCUUAACUAUAUCUGCAGUUAUGUAAGUUUCAGUUAUGUGAUCUUUCAUGGGCAUCUAUUUAAACAUACAACUAUUAUUUUUAGUUGAAAUAUAGACUAUAUAAAGACUUAAAAGAUGUGGGAUCAAGGUGGACAACCUUGGCAGCAAUGGCCUUUGAACCAACAGCAGUGGAUGCAGUCAUUUCAGCACCAGCAAGAUCCAAGCCAGAUUGACUGGGCUGCAUUAGCUCAGGCAUGGAUUGCUCAGCGAGAAGCCUCAGGGCAACAGAGUGUAGUGGAACAACAAGGAAUGAUGCCAAACGGACAGGAUAUUUCAGGAAUGGAGUCUGGGCCAAACAACCAUAAUAAUUUUCAGGGAGAUCCCAACUUCAACAGAAUGUGGCAGCCAGAAUGGGGAAUGCCUCACCAGCCCCCUCAUCCACCUCCAGAUCAGCAGUGGAUGGCUCCAACACCAGGUCAAAUGGAAGUUGUUCCUCCAUCUGAAGACAGCAACAGUCAGGACAGUGGGGAAUUUGCUCCUGACAACAGGCAUAUAUUUAACCAGAACAAUCACAACUUUGGGGGACCUCCCGAUAACUUUGCAAUGGGGCCAGUGAACCAGUUUGACUAUCAGCAUGGGGCUGCUUUUGGUCCACCUCAAGGUGGAUUUCAUCCACCUUAUUGGCAGCCAGGACCACCAGGGCCGCCAGGUCCGCCAGCACCUCCUGCACCUCCUCAAAAUCGAAGGGAAAGACCCUCAUUCAGAGACCGACAGCGUUCACCUAUUGCGAUGCCUGUGAAGCAGGAGCCUCCACAGAUUGAUGCUGUGAAGCGUAGAACUCUGCCUGCCUGGAUUCGUGAGGGUCUGGAAAAGAUGGAACGAGAGAAACAGAAAAAAUUGGAAAAAGAGAGGAUGGAGCAGCAACGUUCACAGAUGUCUAAAAAAGAAAAAAAGGAAAGUGAGGAGGCUGAAGAAGGGGAUGGUCCACGGUUACCUCAGAAAAGUAAAUUUGACAGUGAUGAGGAAGAUGAAGAUGCUGAAAACACAGAAGCUGUAAGCGUUGGGAAGAUCAGCAGGAGUCCAUCCCCGGCUCCUCAGGAGGAGCAAAGUGAACCAGAAAUGACAGAAGAAGAAAAGGAGUAUCAAAUGAUGAUGCUGACAAAAAUGCUGCUGACAGAGAUUCUCUUAGAUGUCACAAAUGAAGAAAUUUAUUACGUGGCCAAAGAUGUUCACCGUAAAGCAACUAAAGCUCCUGCAAAACAGCUGGCACAGUCCAGUGCACUGGCUUCCCUCACUGGACUCGGUGGACUGGGUGGUUAUGGAUCAGGAGACAGUGAAGAUGAGCGGAGUGACAGAGGCUCUGAAUCAUCUGAUACUGAUGAUGAGGAAUUACGACACAGAAUCAGGCAAAAACAGGAAGCGUUUUGGAGAAAAGAGAGAGAACAGCAACUACUACUAGAAAAACAACUAGAAGAAGAAAAGCUACAAACCGAAAAAGUUUCAAAAGAGAUGAAUGAAUUUAUCAACAAAGAACAAAACAGUAACUCGGCAUUGCAGGAGGCAAAAGAAAUUGAAGCAGAUAUGGGUCAUGAAAAGAAAAGAUCUCCAAACGCAAUCGUACCUGAUACAGAACUCAAGAAAGAGGGUAAAGAGAGGACAGGAAGGAGUGGGUCCAGAAGCUCUAGCAGCGGUAGCACUAGCAGCAAUAGCAGAAGCAGUAGCAGUAGCAGCACUGUUUCUAGUUCAUCCUAUAGCAGUAGCUCAGGUAGUAGUCGCAGCUCUUCGCCUUCUUCCUCUCCGAAAAGGAAGAAGAGACACAGUCGCAGUAGGACGCCUUCACAUAAAGUUAGGCGCAGUAGAAGCAGGAGUUACUCCCACAGAAACAGGAGAGAGAGGAGUAGGAGCAGGGAGAAAAUAAGGGAAAGGAGACGAUCUAGUAGAAAUCGCAGUGCUGACAGAGGGGAGAGGCGAAGAAAUCGGAGUCCUUCGAGAGAGAGAAGCUGGGAUAGACGUAGAAGUAGCAGCCGUUCACGAGACAGGCGAGCUAACCGUGCGAGCCGCAGCAGGAGCAGGGAUAGACGUAAAGCUGAAGACCAGCGUAGAAGUCCUACUGGAAAUAGGCACAAACAUAAAAGUGAGGGUAAAGAUCAAGAAAGGAGGAAGGAGCAGGGUGGAGCUAUAGAUAAAGACAGAAAAAAGAACAGAGAAAGAGAGAGAGAUCAGGAAAAAAGAAAAGAUAAGCCCAAAAAAGAGGAAAAAGAAAGUAAGGCUAGCAAUCAUGAUGACAGUAGAUUAAAGAGAAAAAGAGACAGCGAAAGAACUUUCUCUCGCAGCGAUUCAAUAUGUGUGAAAAUAAUAAGACAGGAUUCCAGACAAGAAAGCAAAAAAAUUUCUACCAAAGAUAGCAAAAAACGGUCAGGCUCCGAAUCUAGUGCGAGGAGUAGUUCUGAAUCACCAGGAAGCAGUAAAGAAAAGAAGGCUAAGAAAUCGAAGCAUAUUCGGUCAUGCUCCAUGGAGAAAUCUCAAAGGUCUGGUAAGAAGGCAAGCCGCAAACACAAGUCUAAGUCACGAUCAAGGUAGUAUACUUUUAAAGUAUUUUGUCUGACCUUUUUUUUUAUUUUGUUUUUUGAUAUUCGUCUUCAUGUGUACGGCAUAUGAACUUUUUAAAAUAAAGUAUGGUAUUUAUUAAAUUUUUUGUCUUGGGCAAAAGUAACUUUGGAAAAAUCUUUUAAAACUAUUAAUUACUAAGCCUAAAGUGUGUGUGGGUCUGGGGGUCUUUUAUUUUUUCCAAUUAACUUUUUCCCCCUUUUCCUUUAUUUUUCAGAUCAACGACUCCUCUUCGUCGUAAACGCUGAGGAAUUUAUGGCACCAGUGCUAUGACGUUUAAAAAUUCCAUGAGUUAUAAAAGGCUUGUCUCAUUAUAGAGGCACAUUGUGGCUAUGUAGGUGAAACCAGAAUCCUUUUUUUAUCUGUAAAUAGGUGUAUUUUUUUCCAAAUGCUGCUCAGAAUUAAAUACCUAAUAGGAUUUCUUUGUAUUACAUUUUUUCAAGAACGGUAGUGCUUAUUAAGAAUAUAAAACAGGCCAUUCUCUUUCAGCUGUAAUGUUCUUAAAAUUACUAUUGAAUGUACUGUGAUGUCAAUAAAGCUCUUUAGUUCCUUUUUUGUUUAAAA